UCCACAUAAAACGAGGGAACUGAAGGCUCAUUGGCUCCUCCUCGAGAAGUACAAUUUUUCCAAAAUUCAUACCAAACUUCACCUUUCCCUCAUCUUCUUCCGACGAUUUUCCCCAAUUCUCCUAUAAAACCCUAAAAUUUUCAAUCAAUAAUCACAGAUUUUCAUUCAUGGAAGCUCCGAUUCUUCUCUCUUCCUCCAUACCCAAUCUCUUCUCCUUCUUCAUCUUUUUUCUCAUCAUUUACCUUAUUGCCUACUUCAUUAUCUUCCCUUCAUGGAAACCCAAACUCCGUCCAGAAGCUUCCAGCUGCGUUAUCUCCUUCUUCCACGGCACACCCGCCGUAUUCCUCGCCGUUACUUCUCUACUCGCCGACCCAGAUCGUAAUUUUCACUCCACCAACACCCAUUUUCAGAACAUGGUCCUUGAUUACAGCAUAGCUUAUUUCUUAAUGGACCUAACCCACUACCUGAUUUUCUACCCUAGUGAUGUUCUCUUCAUCGGACAUCAUCUUGCUACCCUCUUCGUUUUCGUUACGUGUAGGUAUAUGGUGUAUCAUGGGGCUUAUGCGAUUCUUGUGCUUUUGAUUCUUGCGGAGGUUACUAGCUUUGUACAGAACACAUGGACUCUUGCGAAUGCUAGGAAAUCGGAUGUGCAGUUUGCUGCCAAGGUGUAUUCGGUGCUUUCGCCUCCGUUUUAUGUUCUGUAUUCAUUGGUGAGAGGUAUUGCUGGGCCGUAUUUUGUUUACAGGAUGCUUUCGUAUUAUCUUAGUGGUGCUGCUGAUAACGUAAUACCGAGAUGGAUUUGGGUUUCUUGGGUAUUUGUUGUUGUUACUGCUAUUUCUGUUAGCAUAUUGUGGGUUUCAAAUCUUUGGGUUGAACUGUAUAAAGAAAUGAGUAGGAAAAUUGAGAAAAAAGUUAGGUGAGCUAAAGUGUUGAUAGAUUACUUAUAUGGUUUAUUGAAUGAGACAUUAGGGAAAAAACCCAAAAUCCUUCAUUAUCUGUUUGCUCCCUAGUUGGGAUGAUAAAUUCAGAAAUAUAUUUACUCUAUUGUCUUUUUCCAUUCUGAUAUCAGCAAAGAUAGUCUGCAAAAACCAUUAUA